AUGACCGCUGCGGGAGUCUCUCCGUCCAGCUCCCCGCGGCUUCCUAGCCCUCCUCCUCUGACUGAGGUCCAAUUUGGGCCUCAGUCGCCAUCACUCAGCGACUCAAAUGAUGCAGAGCUAUUAGCUACUGCGAUGGGGGAAGAUGACGGCUCGACGCGCAGAAUCCGGCCUGGGACCAGAGCUACCGAUAUGGCAUUUGGUCCGCCGCUUAUUCCCCUUUCGCAGCUUGAUUCUCCUUUCCAGCUCCAGGAACACCUCAAAGCCCUAUACCACCACUUUACCAAGCCCGAAGGAUCUGACACGGUGGUCCCAAUUAAUCGCCAGGUUGCGAUACAGCUAGCAGAGCCUCCAGAAGGAGUUGACCGAUCGCUCUGGCUAUAUGAAUUGUGUCGCUUUCUUACUAUGAAAGUUAAUAACCUAAUCAUCGCCUUUUUCGCCGAAAGCCCGCCCUGCUCGUCGCAAACUUGCCCCGAAAUGCGUGCAUCAGAGUGGCAGUAUCUUUGCGCGGUGCAUGACCCACCUAAAUCUUGCUGUGCCAUUGACUACUGCUGUCACACCCUGGAUUGGGCUACAAACACUCUCACAUCGCCGAAAUAUUUCCCCAGCCGACUCACCUUGGGCUCCGAGGGUGCCGGAGGCCCCCAGGCCAGUAUGAGACAUCUGACCAACAUCUUCCGCCGUCUUUACCGCAUUUUUGCGCAUGCAUGGUUCCAGCACCGUGAUGUGUUUUGGGAGGUGGAAGGCCAUGAUGGUCUCUAUGUUUUCUUCAAGACCGUCUGCGACUCGUACAGUUUGAUCCCGCAGGACAACUACACGAUUCCUCCUGAAGCUGAGGGCCCUGAUGCGGUUCAGCCUGAGGAAGAACCCACUGAUGACAAACGUCGGACCAUCCUGCGCAAGGAUGAGGAUCCCUUCGGUGAUGCUAAACUCGGCACUGCAGCAACUACCCGUCGCCACAAGCACAGUCCCUCAACCGGAUCCCGGGUCACAACAAUCACCGAAGGCGCAGAGGAUCUGGAAGAGAGCCUGGAGGAUCCAUCGCCUUUGAGUAAAGCCCUUGCACAGUCCCCAGAUUCACGCCCUGUUUCUGUGAUUGAAGUUCCCACCAAUACCGUCGUUCCGGCUGUCACUGAAGACACAGCCGCUCAGGAGGGAGUUCCAUCUGAUGAUUCAAUUGUGCAGUCUAAGGAGGAAAUUGAGACCGAGGAGACACCGGAGCCUCAGGAACAGGCACUGCAAGAAGCUGCGAAGCAAUCAUCUGAAACACCCGAAGAGCCCCAAAUGGUGGGACAGCCGGAUCCCGAGAACCCAGAGGAUAGCAAGACGGAGGAGGCUCUAGAGGCUGCUGCUACUGGUAUUCCAAAUGAGGCGCCGCCUUCUGAAGAUGCUGAAACGAAGAUCAGACCGGAGCAAGAGGGUGCUUCUUCUGCUUCGGAUACCAAGCCCGACCUGGAGAAAGAAGAGUCUUAA